AUGUGGACUCUGCCACCGCUUUUUGGUUGGAGUAGCUACGAUGUGGAAGGCAUUGCCUCAAACUGCGCUUUGGCCUGGCACAGAGAAGACUGGAACAGCCGCAGUUACCACUUGUCUCUCUUCGUGUGGUGCUUCCUGCUUCCUUUGGCCCUUAUCCUCUGGUCCUACGGCAAGCUCAUUUACGUCCUCAAACAGGUGAGUCGUCCUCAAACAGGUGAGUCACCCACCCUGCUUCCACAUAGCAGAGGAAAUCAUUCACUAGUUCUGCUAAGAGUCUGGAAUGCAUGUUCCAAAAGGGUUCUUGCAACUGAUUUCUACAGUUGGGUAGCCUGAGGCCUAGAAGAAAACAAGAGAAUUUCUGCUUUGUACCAUACUCAGGACGCUUGCAGGCCCUUGCUACUUUCAAGUGAGGUUUGGUCACAUACUGGCAAAUUCGAGUUGUGCAAAUAAAGUUGAUUUGGAGCUUUGGCCCAACAAACCCACUCCCUCCCAAAACUGGUUGCAAUAAGGCAAGCAAUGGGAAAAUGCACUGCAAAGAGUGGGAUAACUUUUGUUUGACGUAAUACCAUCUAACCUCCUGCAAGUAAAUGGGGAUGAAGGCUCAGUAAGUAGCUGGUGCUGUCUAACACCCCAAAAACUUUGUGCUAACAAAUCGGGAUGAAGGCUCCAUAGACAGGUUGUCUUCUGAUUGUUCCAUUAGUAUAAGCAUUUCCGCUUCCCAGAUGGAACAAUCUAGCCUUCCCUUCUUUUAUGCUUGUUCUCCCUGUCCAGAGUGGAUUUGGGGGAGGAGCUGGGGGAAGUCCCAUUAUGGUAUUGGGAGACCUUGCUCUGGCUUCCAGUUGCAGGACAGCUCAAUUUAAUCCAGCCCUGAGUUUUUAAAUGGAGGGUGAGGAACAUUUUUUCAGUCUGAGGGCUGCGUUCCUUUCCAGGCAGCCUUCUUCCUUUCAAAGUACACACACACAGAGAAAACCUUGCAAAGCCUUUACAUGCAUUUAAAUGGAGAGCUAUUUCAAUGAGUGCAAAAGGUUUGUGAGCAGGGCCGGAUUUAGGUUUGAUGAGGCUCUAAGCUACUGAAGGUAAUGGGGCCCUUUAUAUGUCCAGCUGUCCUUUGCCAACAACAAAUUGUCGCUGUUUUUUGUGUUGAAUAUAUGCUAUGUGGUAAUUUAUGGACCUAAUAGGUAUCUAAAGCCAUUUGCACCUAACAAAAUAUGUAUUUUAUCAAAGUAAUUGCUGAACUGAAAUACAAUUAAGAAAUAUAUUAAUACUGAAAUACAAUUAAGAAGAAGUAUAUUAAUAGUAUAUUAUAUAGUAUAUUAAUAGGGACAUGGGUGGCGCUGUGGUCUAAACCACGGAGCCUAGGGCUUGCCGAUCAGAAGGUUGGCGGUUCGAAUACCCGUGAUGGGGUGAGCUCCUGUUGCUCGGUCCCUGCUCCUGCCAACCUAGCAGUCUGAAAGCACAUCAAAGUGCAAGUAGAUAAAUAGGUACCGCUCUGGCGGGAAGGUAAACGGUGUUUCUGUGCACUGCUUUGGUUCGCCAGAAGCAGCUUAGUCAUGCUGGCCACAUGACCCGGAAGCUUUACGUCGGCUCCCUUGGCCAAUAAAGCGAGAUGAGCGCCGCAACCCCAGAGUCGGCCACGACUGGACCUAAUGGUCAGGGGUCCCUUUACCUUUACCCAUAUCAAUAGUGAAAUAAUUAUUAAGCUCUAACUUAAAAUGAUUAUUAUUCAUAACAAACUUAAUAAUGCAAACACCUUUUUUCCUUUUGAUUUUUUUGGGGGCCCCCAAGAGAGUGGAGCCCUAAGCUAUUGCUUGUUUAGUUUAUACGUAAAUCCGGCACAAAUUGUGAGCCUGGAGCUGAGUCUUCCACUGACAUGAAUGGAGACAGAAUCCCCUUGCACAGCAGUCCCUUUAUGUAUCCGAGCUCUGGAUCAGAUUAGGAACAGAGGAAGCUGCUUUACUCUGAGUCAGGUCAUUGGUAUCAUCUAGCUCAGUAUUGUCUACACUGAUGGCAGCAACUCACUGAUUUCAAGUGGGGUCUUUCUUAGCCCUACCUGGAACUGCUGGGGAUUGAACCAGGGGCCUUCUGCAUGCAAGGCAGGAACUCUGCCACUGAGCCACAGAUUUUAGGAUCAGGCCAACACUGAAGAAAUCUAGGCAAAAUUCCAUGAUGUUUCAACUUAUGUUUAACUUGAAAAGGUAUGUGUGGGUGGGUGUGAAAUGGCAAAAGAAAAAGAAAGAAAGAGCAACAACCGAUCGUUCAGUCUUGGGGAGACAAUACAUACUUAGGCUCCAGUAACAACUGUCUGACCUUAAGGCAUUUGAAGGAGGCAUGUCCUUUGCACUAAUAUGACUUGCAGCUAUUUAUAGGCACAUUAUUUCAGGGCAUGCUGGGAAUACUUAGCGCAGGCAUUGUUUAGCAGCUGCCACCGCUUUCCAUUCUAUAUUGUUGUCUCUGGAGUCCCUCCUCUUUGACUCGUUUGCAUCCAUGGAUGGCUGCCGCUGUUUUAGUUGAAGCAUUUAAACUGCUGCAAAAAGCAGAGAAAGCAGCGUAUUCAUUUCUGUGAGCCACUGGAAGAGCCCACAAAGUCUUAAGACGCAGAAGAUGAAAAGAAGAAAUCGCCCCGUAGCCUAAAUCUUCAUCUGACCAUUUCAGCAGUUCCUUCUGCUACCAGUCCCCAGUCUUAUAGUAAUACAUUGCAUUUCAUCCUCUCUCUUCUUAGGUGGCAAAAAGUGGCAUAGCCCAGAGCAAUUCGACUCAGCGGGCUGAGACUCAGGUGACCAAGACGGUUGUCAUUAUGAUCCUGGCCUUUCUUCUCAGCUGGGUGCCUUAUGCUGCCUUUGCCCUGACCAGAGUGGUGAAUCCAGAAGUCAUCAUGGGUCCCCAAAUCCAGAGCAUCCCUAUGUAUAUGGCUAAAACAGGCACCGUAUACAAUCCAGUCAUUUACAUAUGUCUGAAUAAGCAGGUAAAUCUACCUUGCAGUGUUGCAAAUUAAACAUGUGUGCUUUGUCGUUUACCUAGGAAGAAUAAUAUGACCUUGUUGUGAUUGGCUUAAAGGCAAAAUGUUCUGGAUUAUGGCACUGAUUAUAUUCACCAAAUCAGUUAAUAGCUCACGCCCUGCGUUUCCUAGUUGUUGUUGCUGCUGGUAUCCGUCUGUCUCAAGAGACAACCAAGUGUGCCUUAAGGGAUGAAGCCAAACCGCUGCACUAGCAACACCAGUGACCUCCCCAGGGUGCAAGUCUGAGCAGUGUGUAUGGAGGUCCUGGGCUGCCCAGAUGACAAGAACUCCCUCCGGGCCUCACUGACAUGGUCCAAAGAAAAGCAGAGCAAUACGUUUGGCACCAGCUUGGCCGCAGGAGUUGCUGGAAAGAGGGCAUACAAGGUACCAUCCAACCAUCUUAGGGACUCCACUCUGGAUUUGUGUAGGGUGUACUUCUUAGCCUUUUCUUCUCCCGAAGAUAUCCCGCAAGGGAUAGCAGCACCAAAGUGACCUCCCUGGAGUGCAAACUACCCCAGAAGGAGAACAAUAUGUCCCCCACCAGAGGUACUACACCUUCCAAGCUGUAGAACAGAGAUAAUAUCUGAUGGCAUGACUUGCAAAUUUGAAAUGUGAAUACAUUUCUAGUAGGCCUCAGAUGGUCCAGCCUGUUAAAACAGAAUCAUAAUCAAGUUUAUUUACGUGCUCCUUUUAUGAAUAGUGCUAAAAAUGGCUCACAGGAACACUAAACUAAUUGAGAUUGCUUUAACGCUGCUUAUCUGACCUCCUGGCUGGAUUAGUAGCAUUCUAGCCAAAUUGCCAUCGAGAAGCAGGAUAACUUCAAGGAAGUUUAUUGUAUUUCUGUCCUUAGAAAAGUGGACCAAUGCCAAGAUGAAGCAUUCAGUUUAAAAGAUGUGCUUGUGAGAACAUUAAGAAAGAGUAGAGAAGGUGCAAGAUUGCCAUUGAACCAGAUUUAAAGCUGCCCCACUGAUAAUAUCUGCCAAAAGCCUGCUUUUCUUUUAUUAAAGUAGCCUCAACUGUAGCCAGUUGUUCAGCUGCAUACAGUCACAUGCUAUAAAAUGCAAUUUAGAUGAUAUAAAAAUAAUAACAAUGCUGGUAUUUCUUCUCUACUUCUGUGAGAGGGGGCAGUCCUGGAGAACUCUUCAUGAUCACAUUAUUAUCUAGGUUGGGCGAACUGAUAUAGUAGCUUCAUGGCUCUGAAUCAAGACUGUUUUAAAACUGCUGCGGUGGCAGUAUCUAAGGCUCUGCUUGUGUCUUCUCCCUCCCUUCCUUUCAGUAUCGAGAAAAAGUUGUGACCUCCUUAGCAUGCCUACAGAAGUGUUCGAUCAGUAAGUACAGUAGGUCAAGAUCUCUGGCUACAGCUCUGAAGAGACUACAAGGGAACCAGGUCAGCUGCAACACGAACAGGGUAGCCCCUGAGGGUGGACUGAACAUCAGCAAGAACCUCCUCUUGCCAAACAUAAACUACUGUAGUGACAAAUCCUUCUCUGAAUAG